CUUUCUUGCAGGCGUUGCGAAGUCCGUGGGUGUCUGUUCCACUCGCUGUGCUGUCUGCAUAUGUAUAUCCUCUCCCAAACGCUUUCUUUUCCUUGCUUUCCUUCAUUUGAAAAGUAAAUGAGCAGGUUUGCUGCGUGGCGUCUGUGGAAGGACGAUCGAUGCAGCCCACGAUUAAUCCGGUUGUGGAGGGAAAAAACCUUCAUGAGUGGGUGUUAGUGAGUAAACUAGGUGCCAAAAAGUAUGCGUACAAUCGAGGAGACGUAGUGAUGCUCAAGUCACCGACAGAUCCUAAGCGGUAUCUUGUCAAACGCAUUAUAGCGUUACCAGGAGACUGGGUCCAACUCCACGGAAACAAAUUGAUUGAAAUUGAGAAAGGUCACUGCUGGGUUGAAGGAGACAAUACAAAGAAUAGUAUCGACAGCAACCGUUUUGGUCAGGUUCCGCUGGGCUUGAUCGAGGGAACUGUAAAGUGUGUGAUUUUUCCAUUCACUCGAAUGCGCUACCUAGCUCCCCACACGAGUCCCAUCACUCGUGUUAUGUACAAAUCGGAGGAUAUCCACGACUACUUUGUUUUUUCUAUCAAAUGUCUCCCUGUGAUAACGAACCAAUCAUUUUCACGAAAUCCAUCGUUUCUAACUCAUUUUCGUACAUUUUUGCAGUUGUUGACAGACAUUCGAGAUGACUUCACUGGGACAACGUAUGGAAAUAUCUGCAAGUUUACGGGGAGUGGGGAUGAGUCAGAUGGUCCGCUCAGAUCUUGA